AUGGUGCUGACAUUACAGGAGGUCCUAGUAAGGGCUCUGAAGAAGCUGGAGGAUUUAAGUUUCCAGAGAUUCAUACAGAAACUGAGUGUCUGGGAAGUCAGAGAAGAAUGUAAGAAUAUUCCUAUAGAUGAACUGACCGGGAAAGAUCCAGAACACGUUGCUGAUCUGAUCAAUAGAUAUUACAGAUAUGCCUAUGGGGCUGAGAUGACCCUGAGUCUUCUAGAGGACAUAGGGGAGAAGAAAGUCCGGGAGGAACUCCAGCAGGACCUGAGGGAAGUGGAUAUUUCAGGACAUGGACUUGGAACCACAAUGUUUACAGACAGGGUGAAAUUUAUAUACAAUCACCGAUCAGAUCUUAUCAGAUUGACAUCAGAUGUAGAUCCAGUUCUACAUGCUCUCCGGAGCCAAAGUCUACUGACUGAGGAACAGUACAAUGAUGUGAUGGAAGAGAGAACAUCUGAGGAGAAGAUGGAAGAUCUGUGUGAUAUCAUCAGUCCCUGGGAGGACACUGGGAAGUAUACAGCAUAUACACUUCUCAAACAACACAAUGGAGAAAUAAUCCAGGACUUGGAAGCAGAGACUGAGAUAAGGAAAAAUCCUCUGUUCUUUGCCUGGGGUGAAAACAAGAAGAAACUGUUUUCCCAUCUCACUCUUGGUGGUGUGGGUGGGGAGUCAAAGAACUUACUUUAG